AUGGCGAUCCGUUACGUACCGAAGAUUUCAACAGGGCCGUUUCGCAACAGACGAAGACUUCCAACAGGUUACCUGGAUAAAGUAAAUGGAACCUCAACAUGUCCAAAGGAUGGCCUUCCCGUUAUUAAUAUGUGCGAGGCUGGUUCAAUGGUGAAAUCGAGCCUACUGAUGGAUUUCUCCUUGGCCAAGCACCUGUCCGUUACCACAUGCCAUUGUGAGGUCCUCGUCAUUCAAGGGAAGCAAUUCCACUUCAGCCAAGUUACCGCCCCUGGUUACGUUGGAUGUGGUUCGGAAAUCCAUAUUCAAAAAAAUGAUAAACCGCAUUCAGGGGACGUAAUCCCUUGCUAUGGAGGAACAACGGUUUCCGGACUUAGAGAGGGGAACACUCUGGAGAUAAAACUGAUGAAACACAAUGCCCCCUAUGAUGUACAAUACUGUUACAGACUAGAUAUAACUGGUAGUUCCAGUGCCGCGAUGUCAGUUACUUGUUACCAGGAGAUCACUGAGCAAACUCUCCCGACUUCCACAGAACAGGUCACAUCAGCAUACGGAAGUACUACACCUACACAAACAGAUGACGUCACCACAGACUCUCCGACAACAAACCAAUCAGAUGGUUUUUCUUAUGACAAGAAUAUUAGUUUGGCCCCUUAUGUAGAUAACAGACGAUGCAAUCAAUCGACGUUAUACACAGUGAUUGCUGUUUUGCUGGUGUUUCUCACUGCUGUUGCGUGUUACGCUGCGAUGAUUACGUUCAAGUAUUUCACACGGGAUAACGGGAACGGGAAACCAGAAAAGUUGCCAGAAAACAAUGACAUCUACGAAGAAAUCCCUGCUGGAACCUACCUAAGUUCACUUCCGGUGUACGAAACCGAAGUGCAGCAGCGCCGUUGUAGCAAAUGUCAUAAUGCAGAUCCAAGAACCAUGCAGUCAAACGUCGAUGGUCAUUGGAACUGGACAUAUGAUGAGCAGAGACACCACAGCACUCAUUAUGAGAAACCCAACGGCAACCCUCCCCAUGCGUAUGAAUACGAUGUUGCCAAAUUUUAG